CACCUCCGACCGACGAUACGGAUCCAGCGUCCACAUUUGUAAGUGCAAUGGUGGUUUUAAGGAUAUUUUUCGGCCUUUAACGCAGAGACAGAGAUGCAGAGUGAGGGUGACAUGAGGGGAACACGCAGUGGAUCCGCGCCGCGGCUCGGACUCGAACCGGUGACCGCUGCGGUGUGUCGGUUCUGACCCAGUACACGAGGCUGACUGAGGUGGUUUUAGGUGAUCCAGGGUCACGUUAGGUAACCGCAAAUGCUGAUGAUGUAAAAAAAAAAAAAAAAGAGAGAGAACCGCACACACACACAGAGAAGCUCGUCGGACUCCAUCAUGGUGAACCUCUGCUGCCUCUGCUGCGGUGAACUCCCUCAGCUCCGCCCCCCUCCGCCCAGCCAGCCGGGAGCACCGCGGGACCCCCGCUCUGCACAGCAGCAGCAGCCUGCUGGCUCCGGCCCAGACCGAGCAGGGCUGCGGGGGGCGCAGACAGGGCCAGCGAACGGAGGGAUCUCCAGACCCAAGCAAGACUCUGCGGAGGACACGGCGACCAGCGGUCCGAACGACGCCGAGGGAGAGGAGCUGGAGGAGGACUCACCUGCUGAGAGUGAUGCGCCGGAGGAGCAGCGUCCAGUCCAGCAGUCCCUCGGCGCCUGCGUCUGCCGGGAGUCCCACUGGCGCUGCCUGCUGCUCUCCCUGCUCAUGUACAGCUGCCUGGGCGUGGUGGCCUGGUGUCAGCUCACCCGGGUCACCAAGAUCAGCUUCAACUCGGCGCUCACCUCCUCCUUCACGGCCUCCUUCACCUCCUCCCUGCGAGGAGCCUCCGGGAUGGGCGUCGGAGGGCACUCGAUGAUCUACCACGACAGCCCCUGCUCCGACGGCUACAUCUACAUCCCCCUGGCCUUCCUGCUCAUGCUCUACGUGCUGUACAUGGUGGAGUGCUGGCACUGCCGGGCCCGGAGCGAGCUGCAGUGCAAAGCCGACGUGGACAGCGUGUACGAGCGGGUGCUGCGGAUGCAGCAGGCCCAGCCCUGCAUAUGGUGGAAGGCCAUCAGCUACCAUUUCGUGCGACGGACUCGGCAGGUGACCCGGUACCGUAACGGGGACGCCUACACCACCACGCAGGUGUACCACGACCGGGUCAACACCCACGUGGCCGAGGGCGAGUUCGACUUCAGCCACUGCGGGAUGAAGGACGUGUCCCGUGACCUCAGAGGCCUGGAGGGACAUCCGGCGACUCGCCUGCGCUUCACCAAGUGUUUCAGCUUCACCGAGGCAGGUCCAGAAAACGAUUACCUCAACCAGAGAGCCAGGUUCUUCUCCGAAAUCGAAGGCUUGGACGAUUACAUGGAGGCCCGGGAGGGGAUGCAGCUGAAGAACAUGGACUUCAGAGAGAACCUGAUCGCCUACGUGGACCCAGACAGGAUGCCUUGGUACUCCUCCCAGGUUGCCUUCUGGCUGGCAGCCCUGCUCAUGCUGUCCUGGCCUCUCAGGGUGCUCAUCGAGUACCGCACUGCCUAUGUGCACUACCGCAUAGAGAAACUGUUUGGCUUGGAGUACAUCCACAGCAGCCCGUCUCCAGAUGAAGACAGGAACGUGGGGGGGAAUAACGCCACAUGCACGAUUCCAAGAGUGGACACGCUGGACAGCACGGAGAUGGAGUGGCACAUACGCUGCAACCGCCAGGUGAUCCCCAGCUACUCGGAGGCGAUGCUGAUCAACAUGAGCACGGCAGACUCUACCUCCUUACAGGACACCUCGUCCUCCAACUGCGUCCUGCUGGACGGCAGUCAGACGGCUCAGAGCUACGGAGCUCUGCAGAGCCAGGACGACUGCGAGCAGUGCAGCGAGCAGAACGGACGAGGAGCCGGAGGAGGCAGGAGGAGGACCAUCACCAGCUCCAGCUGCUCGUCCAUCUUCUCCUGCCGCGGGGCGCUCCUCCACUCCCACCUGUCCUCGGACACGUCUCGCUUCUCCCUCUGCCGCAUGUACGGCUCCCACCGCACGGUGGCGCUGUGGAGGAGCCGCAGCAGCAACCUGACGGACCCCUGCUGCGUGGACGAGCAGUGCUGCCGCUCCGACUCCAGCCAGCUGGCCCUCAGCGACAGCCCGCCCACCUACAGGGACGCCCGCUUCUUCCCCGUCCUCAUCGUGCAUCGGGCUGAGGGCAGCGAGGACGGCAGGGAGGUGAGGCGCUACUACAUCCGGAGGGGGUCGUCGUGCGUGGAGACGGCUCUGUGAAGCAUCAGUAGUGACUGAGGGUUGGUCGCUAUGGAGACUAGAGGAGAAAAUGUGCUUUUUCAGGAAAUUUCACUGUAAAUACAAUAUAAAACAAACUCAGAGUCUUUUUAUCAGACUUUCUAUUUUUGAACACGGUUACAAAGAGUCAUGGUGUUGACCUGCAUUCACAUGUGGGUCAUUCCGUCUCACAUCAUCCUGCUGGAGACUGCCUCUGAUUUGUCUGAAAGUUGUUUUUUUUUUAAUUUUAUUUUAAACUUUGGAUAUUUAGCAUGGUAUGAGGGCAAUUUAAGGUUGAUCUAUCAAGUCAUUUCUGAGAUAAUAAAAAAGGAAACAUUCCCAUCGACCCACUUUGAGCAGUUUUUCUUCAAAAUAUUGAGGUUUAGUGUGUUUGAACCACAAUAUCUCAGGGACUAUUUAAGAUAAAAGCCUGAAAUGUUCACUGUUAUUUCUCAUCAUGCCACUGAUCCAGAAGCUGCAAUAUUGGAUAAAAUAGUGAUUAUGUGUGACUUCAAUGAUAAAAAAGACAAUAGAACCUGAAACUUUUUUUACACACUGUACACAAAAAAUUAUAUUGCAGCAGUCAACAAGUGAUAUUUUCUGAACCAUGUGUAGUUGCACGUCACAAUAAUACAAAACUAAAUAUAUAGAAUAUAGAAUCAACGGCAUGGUGAGAAACAACAGUGGACAUUUCUGGCCUUUGUCUUUGAAAGUUCCUGAGAUAUUUAAAUUUCAGUGCAUAAAAAAACGAGCUCAAAGUGGAUCGAAUUUAUCUCAGAAAGUAUUGAAUAUAUCAAGCUUAAAUUUGACAAAUAUCUCAAUACUUUAUGCGACAUUUCAGGCAAAUCAGAGAUGACGGAAGCAGAAAUUGUUCUAAUAAUGUGAUGAUUUGAGAUCUAACGACCCAGUUUCACCGAGUCGUCUCAUGAAAACAUUCGUGGCUGUGACUCGUCUCGUCAUAGUUUCCUCGAUGCAUGAUCUGAAGCGUCCUGCUGCUUUCAUCACCUGCACUCACCAGAAACGUUUCAUCACAGGAGUCAGAGCUAGUUCACCUGAUACUUGGUCCAGUUAGAGGCAUUUAAAGAAAUAUGGAAAGCUGCAUGUUGUUACCAAACAUCUUUUCUAUUAGUUCAUUAACAGGCAUCAAGUUAAGACCAAAGACAUGAGUAUUUUUAUUUUUGUAUUGUUAUUUUUUUUGAAAACGUACAACAGAAAAUAAGCGAUACGUGGAUUAGAGAGCAUGGCGAGAAUGUUGAAAUAAAAGCAAUAAACGUAUAUGUGAAGGAU